AUGCGUGAGCUUUUGCUCAACAAUAAUUUCCUUCGCAAUUUGCCCUUUGAGUUGGGGAAGCUGUUUCAACUGCAGACCCUUGGAUUGCAAGGAAAUCCACUGUCACCAGAUAUCUUAAAUCUUUACAAUGAACCAAAUGGGACCCAAAAACUUCUCAGUUACAUGCUGGAUCAUCUUGCUCAAUUGAGGACAAAGGACCAAUGCCAGUAUCAAUUUGAUGCCCAAGCAGUCAAUGUAACACAGCCUCCUCCGCGGCAGUGGAUCCCCUUACAACAACCUGAUUGCUCCAGGCCUACAGCUGUAUUCACAGUCAUGUGCUACAAUGUUCUCUGUGAUAAAUAUUGCACACGUCAACUCUACGGGUACUGCCCGACUUGGGCACUCAAUUGGGAAUACCGUAAGAAGGGCAUCAUGGAAGAAAUUAAACAUUAUAGUGCCGACAUCAUCAGUUUGCAGGAAGUAGAGACGGACCAGUUUUACAACUUUUUCCUUCCUGAGCUGAAGAGAGAUGGGUACAAUGGUAUUUUCUCGCCUAAGUCCCGAGCACGAACAAUGAGUGAGCAGGAGAGGAAGCAUGUUGAUGGCUGUGCUAUCUUUUUCAGGCAGGCCAAAUUUUGUAUUAUUAAAGAGUACUUAAUAGAAUUCAACCAGCUUGCUAUGGCCAAUGCAGAGGGUAAUGAUGACAUGCUCAAUAGAGUAAUGACAAAAGAUAAUAUUGGUUUGGCUGCUCUACUUAAAACCAAAGAAGCAGUUUAUGAUAGCUUGUCUUCUGAACGGCACUGUGGUCAACUAGUUCUUGUAGCAACGGCGCACAUUCACUGGGAUCCAGAGUACUCAGAUGUCAAGCUAAUCCAAACAAUGAUGUUGAUGUGGGAAUUAAAACACAUUAUUGAGGAGGCCUGCCUCAGCUAUGGACAAUCCAUUCCAGCAGCUGACUGCAAUUCCAUUCCCUUACUCCUGUGUGGAGAUCUCAAUUCACUGCCAAAUUCGGGAGUUGUGGAGUAUUUAAGUACUGGAAAGGUAGCUGCUGACCAUCCUGACUUUAAGGAGUAUGGUUACCGCUCUUCCCUGCGCAAGAUCAGUACUGCUGAAAGCAAAGAUGUUUUGGCCCACAACUUUCGCCUGGGUAGAACUUACGAAGGGGAUACCAUGCCCUUUACUAAUUAUACCUAUGAAUUUAAAGGGGUCAUUGAUUAUAUCUUCUACUCACGGGAACACAUGAAUCUCCUCGGUCUUCUUGGGCCACUUGAUGAAGAGUGGUUUCGCGAGAACAAAGUCGCUGGCUGUCCUCAUCCUCACAUCCCAUCUGAUCAUUUUUCAUUAUUCGUUGAGCUGGAAAUGCCCUAUCCCAUACACAACGGGCGAGGCUGUGUUGUGAACACCGCCACUACUACCAAUAACAACAACAACAAUAACAACAACAACAACCUCCACCUGAAAGUGAGAUAG